AUGGAGGCUGCCUACCUCCACCGCUCAGAGGCAUCUCAGUUCAACGACUCUCCCAAACCCCAAUCAUGCUGGUCAAAGAGAGGGUGGCCUCCCACCAAGACGCCUCUGAGUUGGAAGGAUCUUUCCCAGGUGGGAGCUGGGCUUCAGAACAUGGGGAACACUUGCUACGUGAAUGCAACCCUACAGUGUCUGACCUACACAGAGCCCCUUGCCAGCUACGUGCUGUCCCAGAAGCACGGGACAGCCUGUAGGAAGCAGACAUCCUGCACGCUGUGUACCCUGCAGGCUCACAUGACCCGGGUUCUCUGCCAUCCUGGACGUGUGCUCCGACCCCUUCCACUCCUGCUCGCCGCCUUCCACACACACAAGCAAGAAGAUGCCCAUGAGUAUCUCAUGUUCAUUCUGGAUGCAAUGCAGCAAGCAUGCUUGCCUGAAGACAAGCCCUCAGACUCUCAGCAUGCUCAGGACAGCACCCUCAUCCAGCAUAGCUUUGGGGGGUACUGGAGGUCACAAAUCCAGUGUCUCCACUGCCAAAGCAUUUCCAGCACUCUGGAACCUUACCUGGACAUCAGCCUGGACAUCGGGGCUGCUCAGAGUGUCAGCCAAGCUUUGGAGCAGUUGGUGAAGCCCGAAAUGCUUGAAGGUGAAAAUGCCUACCAUUGUAGUAAGUGUCUAGAGAAAGUGCCUGCGUCCAAGGUGUUGACUUUGCACAGUUGUGCAAAAGUCCUCAUCCUGGUCUUGAAACGAUUCUCAGACUUCACAGGCAACAAAAUGACUAAGGAGAUGCAAUAUCCUGAGUGCCUUGACAUGCAACACUCCCUGUCUGAGCAGAGGGCAGGACCCUUGGUUUAUGUGCUCUAUGCCGUGCUGGUGCAUGCUGGGUGGAGUUGCCACAGUGGACGUUAUUUCUGUUUCGUAAAGGCAGGAAAUGGCCAGUGGCAUAAAAUGGAUGAUGCUAAGGUCAGCGCCUGCGUUGUGACUUGUGCCCUGCGCCAACUUGCCUAUGUCCUCUUUUAUAUGCAGAAGACCGAUAUGGAAAGAGACCUUGUGAGUGGGUCAGUCGAGGGAGGAAUCGCAUCUCCCGAGGCAGACCCCGCAGAGGUGGGUGAGGCCUCAGGAGAGAGCACAAGGGAUCCCACUGUGAACCUUGCUGAGUCAGAGGAGCACGGGGAAGAGACCUCAAGGCAACAAACCACAUUAGACCAGGGGAGAUGCCUCCAAGAACGCAACCGACCUAAGCCUGAACUUCAUGUCAGGAGAAGAGAAAUUGCUCUUCCUGAGAAUGCAGUCAUCCUUCAGCACUCCAAAUACAGACAUGAGAUGCCCAAGAAUCAUCCUCAGCAAACCAUGGACCUGCUCCACACUGCAGCUGGGAUGAUCCCACCUCAGGUGGCCGGGGAUGUGGCCAAAGUCCCGCAUGCUACCCGAAACCCAUCCCCGAAGCAGACUGACUUGUCCCUCCAGGACGUGGGACUGAUGGCGGCGCGUCACACCCAGCUUGGGCCCAACAGACCCUUGAGAGCCCAGAAGGGCAAGAGGCCACAGACAGCAGGACUGGCCCUCAGAGUUCCCAGACCAGAGGAGGAGGAUCCCAGGGUAAAGUGCAGGGACUGUGGGGCCUUUGGACACAAGGCAUCAAGCACCAGAUGCCCCAUAAAACACUGGGGCGCAACCCUCAUUCCCGUGGCCUUGGGCUCCAGGAGGCUGAAGGAGAACGUGGAGCCGUGGAGUCAGCGGGACCAGCGGCACCAGGCUGGGCUGUUGAACCAGGCUGAGAGGGAGAAAGUAGAGAGACGAAGGCAAGAAGCCGAGCAGAGGAAGGCCCUGCUCCAGAGGUUCCCCAGGAGACCCCGAGAGGGGCAGAAGCGCACCUGGAAGGAAGGCACAGAAUCUUGUGACUAUGUGAGGGAGCUGCCACUGUGA